AUGUCAAUUGUCAAAUCAACCUUGGAAAUACAAAAUAGUUGCUUUACUAUGCGCUAUGUUUCUAGCGGUCGUAUAGUCGGAAGUCAUUUUGCAGCUCAUACGUUAGGUGCAAUGAAAUCUACAAUUAAAAAAGAAUAUGGAAUCACAAACUCUCAAUAUGGUGUUCUACAAUCCAGUGUAUCGAUCGUCAAUACUGUCUUACCAUUGAUUGGUGGAAUUUUCAUUGAUGCAUUUGGCACCAUCCCAGGCUCCAUCUUGACCACCGUCUUAAUUGCGUCCGGUAAUAUCCUGGUCGCCGCUUCUACUUCCACAGCCAACCUCUCCAUGAUGAUUGUCGGUCGUAUCUUGUACGGUAUCGGAAGUGGUACCGUGGUCAUUGUACAAGAAACCAUCCUUAGUCAAUGGUUCCAAGGUCGGAGUCUGGCUGCUGUAAUUGCCCUCAUGAUGACCGUCAGCCGACUAUCUUCAUUUGCUGCACAAGCCAUCGUAGUACCAAUCGCAAAUUGGUCAGGUUGGUACGGAUAUGGAUUCUGGUUUUCUGCACUUUUAUGUGUAUUUUCUCUCUUGAUCAAUUUGGUCUACAUUGUGCUAUUGAAAAACAUUUCUACUUUGACCGACCAAAAGAAUUGUCAAGUACAACGUAAUGUGAUCAAGCGUAAAAAGUCAUUCAGCUGGUCCAAGCUCAUGUUCUUACCGCAUUCCUAUUGGCUUAUCGCCGCCAUGGAAUUCCUCUUGGGUGGUGCCUGGGGUUGCUUCCUUCACAUCAAUAGUGAAUUUGUAAAGUUCCGUUUCGGUUAUGAAGACAGUAAAGCGGCUGCCGUCGCUUCCGUCGCUCAAAUCUUGCCCAUCUUUUUAAUGCCCUUUUUAGGCCUUUUUGUAGAUCGAUAUGGCAAGCGUACUUGGAUGAUGAUGGGCAGUGGCUUUACCUUCUUGGCUUCUCUCCUCUUAUUGGAAUACACCUCUUUGAACCCCUUACUGGGCAUGGUCAGUUUUAGUGCAAGUCUGGCUCUGGGUCCUGUCGCUUUGGUAUCCUCCAUCCCUGUGAUCCUCCCACUUUCUCUUGUGGGCACGGGUAUGGGACUGGUCAAAUCCUGCACCAAUGUCGGUGCCUCCUUAUUCGAUAUUCUGACUGGUCUCUUGCAAGACAUGGAUGCCAAAAAGGGAUAUACGGGUGUCAUUCAUUUCUUUAUCCUGAUCGCCCUCUUGUCCAUUUUGGCCGGUGUCACGUUAUUCGUGCUGGACGGCGCCAUCUAUGAUAAUCUAUUAGAUGCGGGGAAAUCCGUCGCUAAUGGUGUGGGGGCUAAAAGACAAUUAUUGAACAAAAAGUUAAAGGUCAAUUAUAUUUAUGGUGGUAUUUAUGUCGUACUGGUCAUCAUCAGUUGGUUUUUAUUCUUUCGCUUCAUCUUAAAAUAA